UCUCUGUGUACACAGGUGCGCUCUCUAGAGACAGCCAAUAGCAAGUUGGAAUUGCAGAUCAAAGAGUUCUACGAGAUGAGCUCACCGACUCACAAGAAGGACCUCAGUGGGUUUUAUGCCACCGUCACAGACAUCCGCAACAAGAUCCAUGCCAGGUCUGUGGAGAACUCUCAGUUGAUCCUGCGGGUGGAUAAUGCCAGAUAUGUAGCUGAUGACUUCAAGAUGAAGUUCGAGACGGAAGUUAACAUGAGGAUGAAGAUGGAAGUUGAUGUGGCUCGUCUGAGAGGAGUCCUGGACAGCUUUACGCUCGCCAGAGGAGACCUGGAGAUGCAGAUUGAGGGGCUGAAGGAGAAGCUGGUCUACCUCAGGAAGAACCAUGAGGAGGAGAUGCAGUUGAUGCGGACGCAGCAGUGUGGUGCUGUGAAUGUGAAGAUGGACUGUGCUUCCUCAGUGGACAUGAGCAAGGUGCUGGAGGAGAUGAGGACCCAGUAUGAGGGCGUGGUGACAAAGAACCAGAGAGAUGCUGCCAAGUGGUUCGAGAGCAAGGUGGAUGUGCUUCAGAGCCAGAUCCCCACCAGCACCAUAGAGGUGAAGACGUCUCAGGUGACUGACCUGAAGAGGACCUUCCAUAGCCUACUCACUCAGAAGGGGUACUUGGAGGAGAGCGCCGCUAAUAUAAACGGCCGCCACGGCUCCCAGCUGAGCCUGCUGCAGGUUCAUAUCAACAGCAUGGAGGAGGAGCUGCAGCAGCUCAACGUCAGCAUCCAGCAGCAGGCCUCUGAGUACCAGAUCCUCCUGGACAUCAAGAUGAGGCUGGAGAUGGAGAUCGCUGAGUACAGGAGGCUGCUGGAUGGAGAGGGACUCAGUAAGCAUGUGGAGACCAGACAGGAGGUCAGGAAAGUGAUCAUGGACGAGAAGGACCAGGAAGUACAAGUCCAGAAAGUGGUGGAAGGUGAGCACGCAAGAGAAUAAUUAAUAAAACGAAUGAAUCA